UUUGAUAAGUGCAAUAAAAUAGUCACUACUCCAUUUAAGUCUCCGCUUUCUGUAGUAGUUUCUUUAAGCAACAGUAACAUGAAUUUCUAUAUAUUACCGUUGUAUUUAGCAUGGCUUAGGAUAUAAGAUCUUCAAGUUCCUUCAUUUAACUCAUUCUGUUCUUAUUUUAAUAAGUUUAAUCAGUACAAUGAUGAUCCUCUAAACAAGAUGACAACAGCAGAAGUAAUUCGAAGUCUUGUUGACUUCUAUCGUCAUUCUCAGUACUGCUAUGUAGCAAAUGAAACAGUGGAAGAAAUGUCCAAAGUUGUAAGUUUUAAUGCACCAAACCUUGAUCUUGGUUUCUUCAUCAUCUGCCUAAUUUCUUAUCUCAUCAAAUGUAAUCUUUCUUUUCUUUUCUUUUUUUUGUAACAGAAAGGAACAGUGCUAGAUUCUAACGGAAGCCAUGCUAGUUUCUUUAUGCAGUCCUACAGCUUAACCAAACGUUCGUUUGUUAAUAUGUCUAGGGACUUUGGCUAUUACUGGCUGAGGAUUGUGAUCUACUUAGUGGUUUCCGUUUGUCUUGGAACCAUCUAUUUUAAUGUGGGAACCAAGUAUAAUUCCAUCCAGGCAAGAGCUGCAUGUUCUUCUUUCGUCUUUGGAUUUAUGACAUUCAUGUCAAUAGGAGGUUUCCCUUCAUUCGUGGAGGAUAUGAAAGUUUUCCAAAGGGAAAGGAUGAAUGGGCAUUAUGGUGUCAUUGUGUUUGUGAUAAGCAACACGUUAUCUGCAAUGCCGUUCCUUAUAUUGAUUGCAAUUCUUUCUGGUACUGUCUGCUACUUCAUGGUCCACUUCCAUCCAGGAUUCUCCCACUAUUUCUUCUUUGUAUUGGCCAUUUAUGCCAGCAUUACGGCAGUUGAGAGCCUGAUGAUGGUCAUAGCUAGUGUUGUACCUAAUUUCCUCAUGGGUAUCAUCAUAGGAGCUGGCAUUCUGGGAAUAUCUAUGCUGGUCUCUGGGUUCUUCAGACUCCCCUAUGACAUACCAAAACCUGUCUGGCGUUACCCGGUGUCUUACUUGACUUUUGAUUUCUGGGCUGUACAGGGGCAAUACAAAAAUGACUUGAAGGGGUUGAUAUUUGAUAACCAUAGUCCUCAUCCUCCCAAGAUCACAGGUGAAUACGCGCUAAAACAGAUAUUCCAGAUUGACGUGAACAGAUCAAAAUGGGUGGAUCUAAGUGCCAUCUUCUCCUUGAUAAUCAUCUACCGCGUAAUCUUCUUCUUCAUGAUCAAGAUCAACGAGGAUGUUACUCCUUGGCUCCGAGGUUACAUUGCUAGGAGAAAAAUGCAGCACAGUGGUCCAAAUCAGCAUUAAGACAAUGGCACCAUAUGCUCUUGCUUAAUCACCUUCUCCCAAUCAAUCAACAGUAAUAUGUCUCACACUCUAGUGUUCACAUUUUUUCCCAGUGAAAAAAGGUUCAUUUUGCAGAUAUUCUACAUCCAGUCCCAUAAGUAUGAUUGAAGAAAUUACUUCACAGGACUUAUAGUUAAAAUACUUACUCGUAGCUGAUGUUUACACCAAAUCAUAUUCCGUUCUGUUAUUAAUAUGCAGAUGAAGGGCAA